CACCUACCCCUGGUGGGAAUUUAUGUUUGGGGAGAGGGUAGAGUCUGCGAAAGGAAAUACACGGACUCCGGUGGCGUUGAAGCCUUUGUUGUUACUGUUAAUUAUUGGACCCAUGGUAAAUUAUUUUUUUCGGAGUGUACGGUCAUGAAGAACCCAUAUUAACCCCGUGAUGCUACAUGGACAGUCUGUGCGUUACGGUAAUCUAUGCCAGCAACGCGGUGAAAAUGGACUGAAUGCAUGCGGAAUACUUUCUCUACCACCACCACUUCAAGCAGGGACAGUAUAAAUACACAUUUAGUUGUACAUUUCCUUUUUAUAUAACAUUGUAGAUGACGGCUCUUAUUUUCGGAAUAUUUUUUCCGUCUAGGUUUUCAUCGUUUGUUUUUGAUUGCUUUGGCGUGCACAGUCCCCAUUAAACAAGGAUAUAUUGUUAAAUAUGAGGAAGCAAUGUAUUACAGAGAUACCAAAAAGAAAGAGGCCUUUCCGUUUUCAGGCCCGGAUUUGAGUUCAGUAGGGGAAUAAUGGGGAAAAAUCCAAAUGGAUAAAAUAUGGAUAUUGGAACACAAUAUUAGAGCAGUUGGAUUGCUAUCGACAACGUGACGUGCAAGUUUGAUGCAUCAAAAAAGUGAACAACCCAUUUCUUCUACACUCAAUAACUCUAUUCGACACAAAUAAAGGGAAGUGGAACUGUUAUUGGAAUUACCACAUUUUCAGUUGUGCCAGCAGCUUAAAUGCAUUUUUUUUAUAUGAGUUUUAUGUAGCUUUUUUAUUGCAAUUUGAGCUGGACCGAGCUUUGACUGUUCAAUGGAAGUAUGUUAUCAGUUACCGGUUUUGCCUCUAGACAGGCCGGUUCCUAAACAUGUUCUCAGCCGCAGGGGAGCCAUUAGCUUCAGCUCCAAUUCUUAUUUUUUUGGUGGACCUGCCCCAAGACAGCUGGCCAAGAGACGAGGGGCGAUCUCUUAUGACAGUGAGAAUCAAACAGCUCUCUACAUUCGGAUGCUCGGUACGUAUGGAGAUGUGAGAGUCAGAAGCCAAGUGGGGUUUGAACCGGAACCAAGAGGGUCCCAUCCUUACUUGUGUGUCGAUUUCCGAACUUUGCACUCCCGACCCCAGUCUGCGGGGCCUGUGUCUGCCAGGAAUGUCCGCAGGCUGCUGAGCUUUCAGAGGUACCUCCACUCGUCACGGUUCAUCCGCGGCAUCCCAGCCUCCAACCCACUAGGCUACAUCCUUGAUGAUGACUACACAGGUCAAGCCAAGUUAAUGCUGGAGAAGGUUGGAAACUGGAACUUUGACAUGUUCUUUUUUGAUAGACUUACAAACGGGAACAGCCUCGUCAACCUGACCUUUCACUUAUUCAACAGUUAUGGGUUAAUUGAGCUCUUUCAGUUGGACAUGGUUAAACUUAGAAGAUUUUUAGUCAUGAUUCAAGAGGACUACCGCAGCCUGAACCCCUACCACAAUGCAGUCCACGCUGCGGACGUGACUCAGGCCAUGUAUUGUUACCUGCAGGAGCCCAAGCUUGCUGAGACGAUGACUUCCUGUGAUCUCCUGCUGGGUCUGCUGGCUGCUGCCACCCAUGAUCUGGACCAUCCAGGUGUCAACCAGCCUUUCCUCAUAAAAACAAACCAUUAUCUAGCUGCACUGUACAAGAAUAGCUCAGUUUUGGAGAAUCACCACUGGAAGUCUGCUGUGGGCCUGCUCCGAGAGUCAGCACUCUUGUCCCACCUUCCCACUGAAGACAGAUUGAACAUGGAGGAGCGGCUUGGAUCCCUGAUUCUGGCCACGGACAUCAGCAGGCAAAAUAACUAUUUGUCAGAGUUCAGGACACACUUGGACAAGAGAGACCUCUGCCUCACUAACGGAAGACAUCGGCACUUUAUCCUUCAGAUAGCUCUGAAGUGUGCGGACAUCUGCAACCCCUGCCGACCGUGGAAACUCAGCAAACUGUGGAGCGAGAAAGUGACAGAGGAGUUCUUUCAUCAAGGUGACAUUGAGAGGAAACAUCAUCUUGAAGUAACCCCACUCUGUGACAGGCAAUCCAACUCAGUUGCCAAUAUACAGAUUGGCUUUAUGACGUACGUGGUGGAGCCUCUGUUUGUGGAAUGGUCACGCUUCUCUGACACACGGCUGUCCCAGACCAUGAUGGGCCACCUGAGCCUGAACAAGCAAGGCUGGAAGGAGGGUAGAGACAAGCAGGAGGCUAACACUAGUAGGGCCUCAGAGGAACAGAGGACUUCUGAUGCCAAGGACUCAAACUCCAAAGAAUUACCUCAGGGAAGUAAACGGUCAUGACUCGCCAAGAGAGUGAAGUGUCAGGAAGCGAAGAGAAUCUCCUCACCGGACAAAAACUACAUUACCCAUCACUCCCUGCACCACAGCACCUCAGCCACAUGCUCCCCAUCUAGGUUAACCACUGUUUUUGUUUUUCACAUAAUUUAACUUAAUUUAUUGCAUUUGGACCCUUUACUUUAACAACAUAGAGCAAUACAUAGAUACCUCAUGUUGCUUCUGCUGUAUUUUUUUCCCAUUUCUUUUUUUCAUAUUUUAUUUAUUUUUACCGUAGUUCUGCUCUGACAUCCCUAAUUUGACAUGCCACUCUUUAAAUAGAGACCUGAAGGGAAUUAUUUAAAAAAUACCCUUCUGAUUAUAGUGCCAUCUGCAAACAAUUUGUUUUAAUGUUUUUAAAGUGAGGAAACCUUGUAUUCAGAGAGAGGUUCAUGUUGAGUGAUUGAGACAAGCUUCUGUGGGUUUCUCUAUUUCAGACUUAGUAAUACUUCCUCGUACAAUAAAUAAUGUGAAGAGCCCACUUCAUUGCUGCCUCUUUACAAGCAUCUACUUUGUGUUGUAUUUUACAAAUUAAACAUUGGUUCUGUAAAAAAAAAAAAAAAAA